AUGCUUCCCAGGAUAUUCAAUGUCCUGGUCUUCUCUGGCGACACAUCCUCCAGUGCCAGUGCAAGUUCCCAGAACCACAGUGCUUUCGCGAGAUCUGUCGUACAGAAUAAAGGUCAAGGGCGGGAGUUCGCCAACUAUGUGCGGCACUGUGCCUUUACUUCGUGGAUAGAACCACAGGGCUCAUCCAACGAGGACGACAACACCGAUGAGUUCAACGACAGUGACGGGGACAGCGAAGACGACAGUAACGGCGAUUGUUACAACGAACUUGAAUAUGACGAGUUCUUUGGAGCAUCAAGUUCAUCGUCAAAGGUUAACCGUCGCGACGAAGCGACUGAUCAUGACAUGCACUCCCUUGCGUGGGCUUCCAGGGCCUUCCUCAAAAUCUACUUCGGCUCUCUCCGACACAUGAAAAAUCUCACUUCCCUAUCCUUGUUCGAUACCCCGCUCAUGAUUCCUUCCUUCCUUCAUACCAUCGGUUCCCUUUCCCAGGGCCUCGAAAGCUUGACAGUCCACGAAUGCGCCUUUCUACCCGAUUCCCCAAACGAGAAAGUAUCCGACUGGACCAAACACCGCAGACAGUUUACGAAACUCUCAGACUCAUCGCUCAAGUUGAAGAAAUUGGUCCUCACGACUGACAAUGAACCGAAGGACGACGAGAACUUUGCGAUGAUGAAUCUCCUUUCAGAGUCGAUAUCGCAUUCGCAUUUGGUACACCUUACGACCUGUUUCACUGGCUCAAUUAUGAACAUUCUCGCCACUCCUCUCAUCCCUGCACUCCCUCUCCGACACCUCGACCUACGAUACACGAAGGACGUCCAAAUCACCGCCCGGUUCUUCAAACGAUUACCAAACUUGCGCUCUUUGUCGCUUCCCUUUUCUAAACCGGAUGUCUUCGAUGAUUUGGACCUGUCGCCAGCUCCCGAAACGGAUGGCCCGUCGAUGCUUCCACACCUGACUCACCUUGAGUGCGACGAGUACUUGCUCGAGCGAUUUGUUCCUGGACGCCCUCUCACAUCCAUCCGCAUUCUCAGCUAUAGCGACACUAAUGUGCUGGCCAUUUUGAAUCAGUCUUCAAAGAAUAUCAAACGAGUGAUGGUGCCCUUCGACGCCCGCGUAACCCGGGCGCUAAUGUCUGUUAAUGUGAUGGGCACGCUGAAGUGCCUCGAGUCGUUCACCGUGGACUCCACUUUCUCGGACCACACAGACCCGCCUGCCCGUUCCAUUCUUCCUGAUCCGGGGAUUUUUCUGUUUUGGAGAAACCUGCCGCGCGUCUUCCUGUUCAAAACCGAUACCUCUCCGCCCUGUCGCACGCCAUACGACCUCCCUCAACGCACCCACGGAGAGAAUGACUAUCUGUUUCCCGCCCAUCUCACCUAUCAGUAUUCGCUCAUUUCGGGACUGUCUGAGACGUCACCUCGGAUGGAAAUGGUCGUAGUUAACGAUUGUAUCCGGUGGACAAGGGGGGUAGAGGUGGAUGAGGGGUCAGGGCCAGGUGGAGGGUCGGGAAGGACAAAAAAGGUGUGGAAGUGGCACGUUCAGGUCGACGAACAGUUGGAAAAAGAGAUCGUGGCGGAAUACGUGGAGGGUCGCAUAUUGCAUCUAUUGGAGUUUGAUUAUGAUGGGACUUGGGAGAAGGCUAUGGAGAGGUAUAAAAUUCGACACCCAGAGUUUUCAGAUUGA